AUGGUUCAGUACAUCCACACACCGUGGCGGGACCGCGCAGAACUACUCAAGGUCCGCGCCCAAUUCUAUCCUUCAUCACCGCACGCCAGCACCACCAUUGUCAGAACCGCGUCCGCCAACACAACGCCAUCAGUUAAUGCAGCAACAAGCUUUGGGAUAAGAGAUGAGGCAGAGUCUGGUCAGAGACACGCCGUCGCCCGAGUCGCCAUGUGGGUGCAGCGCGGCAGCUGUCCCCACAUGGUCGAGUCCACGGGCCUGUUGAUGGCGGCCAUCCUGGACGACCUACAGGCCCAAGGAAGCACCGGGGGCACUUCCGCUGUGAGGUUGGCCUAUUCGGCUGCCUUUAGCCGUUUCGUCACAGGGCUGCUGGACAGCCACCAGGAUAAGCAAAUGAAACAAAGCAUGUACUCGAUAGCCAAAACUAUCGGUCUGCCUGCAACAUUUGUCGAACUUAGGCACCAAUGCACGCACGAGCAGCUUCCUUCCCUGCUGAAGCUCAGAUCGGCGGCGCAUAAGUCACUGGUCUGGAUUUGGGAUUACUACUGGAAGCAUCUUACCGACGGGGAGUCUGCCGACGGUGGUAAUAUGGAUGUUGCGAGUGGGAGUACGUGCUCCGAGGCGCUGUUAAGUUAUCUUCUCACCGAAGAUGUGGCAAAAAGGAAGGUUCAUGAGAGACGUCUUAGCCACUGGGACGAGGAUACUCUGCUUGAGGCAUUGACCGAGAUCGAGGAGUCUGCAGAGGAUCCGCGUGUGCUGCUGCGGGCAUCCAAGUUAUCGCGGCAAAUACUAGAUGGCAAGAUAAGCUUAUCCGCAACUUCUACCCCGAAGCGUGAAUACGCAGGCAACUUAAAGGAUUUAGAAUCAAUCCAAGCGGAGAUGAGUCGAAUGGCGACCGAACUGGACGAUGUGCAGCCCAUCGAGCGGCCUCACUCUGAGGAGAGACCAGUCAAAGCUGCGCCACAGGCUAAGGGGUGGUCAAGAUAUGAGGGGACAUGGAAACCGAAACCUAUAGGAGUAAUUUAG